AUUCAUUAAUAAACAUAAGAGAAUUCUUUUAUUGAAGUUUAAUUGAGAAUAUUGAGUUAUGAUCUUAUAAAAUAGAGAGGAAGAAUGAAGUGAAUAUAAGAGUCCGCUUUAGUCAUUUAAAAAUAUCUAUAAUUAAUCAUUUAAAAUUAUAAAAAUUAAAUCUUUGUGCGAUAAAGGAACCAAGUUUGAAUCUCCAUAAUUAAAAAAAAAUUCAAAAAAGUGAAAUACCCGCUCUGAAAAAAAAAACUCAAUUUUGGUUCAAAUUGUUCGAAAUUCGAAUUCAAAUACUGAUUAGUGCAAUUAAAGCUAAAAUAAUUGAUUAUGCUCAUUAGGAUAUGAAUAUCAUUAGUAAAAAUAAAGGAUAUGAAUAUCAUUUAAUAAUGACCUAACAGUUAUAGAAUUAUAUUCAUGACAUAUGAUUAUAAUUCUUGUAACUGAAAUCAUUAAUUAUUAUCAUUUUGAAUAAUUCAAAUCAAUUUGAUUUUAUUUAAAUAGAACACUUACACACCAACAAAAUUAGAAAACUUGAACUACAAUAUUUUCGUAUCAACAUUUGCUACUGCCCUGCAAUGGCUCAAUCUGAUGGAGGUGAUAAUGGUGGUGGUGGUGGUGGUGGUGGCGGCGGCAACAAAAAGGGAGGUGGAGGCCCAAAAGCAGAGGAAGUGAAGCCUUCUGCACAUCCUGUGAAAGAGCAACUUCCUGGAGUUCAAUAUUGUAUUAACAGUCCACCUCCAUGGCGUCAAGCUGUUUUAUUAGGAUUCCAACAUUAUCUUCUAACUCUUGGCAUUACAGUUCUAAUUCCAACUAUAAUUGUCCCUCAAAUGGGUGGAGGAGAUCCUGAGAAAGCUAGAGUGAUGCAGUCCCUUCUGUUUGUUUCUGGAGUAACCACAUUACUUCAUUCUUUGUUCGGAACGCGGUUGCCGACGGUAGUUGUUGGUUCAUACACUUACUUAAUACCUGUAAUUUCUAUUAUCCAAGCUAAAAGAUAUCAUUCUUAUACAGAUCCUUAUGAGAGGUUUAUUAUGACAAUGAGAGGGAUUCAAGGUGCAUUGAUCAUAAGUGCAAGUUUUCAAAUGGCUAUUGGAUUUUUUGGUUUUUGGAGGAAUGCGGUUAGGUUCCUUAGUCCACUUUCUGUAGUUCCAUAUAUAGCUUUCACUGGACUUGGUCUCUAUCAAAUUGGUUUCCCAAUGCUUGCUAAAUGUGUUGAAAUUGGACUUCCUGCAUUAAUUGUUAUGGUUUUCACCUCACAGUAUGUUCAUCGGUAUUUUACAAGCGUGAAGACUAUACAUGACCGAUACGCCGUGCUAAUUACGGUUGCAAGUGCAUGGCUAUUUGCACAGCUUCUAACAUCUUCAACUGCAUAUAAUCGCAAGUCAGAAAGUACACAGAUUAGUUGCCGCACGGAUCGUGCCGGACUCAUUAGUGCCGCUCCUUGGGUGUAUUUUCCUUACCCCUUCCAAUGGGGGAGUCCUACUUUCAAUGCUGCAGAAACUUUUGCUGUGAUGGCUGCUUCUUUAGUAUCUCUUUUUGAGUAUACUGGUGCAUCCUAUGCUGCUGCAAGAUAUGGAAGUGCAACACCAGUGCCACCUUCUGUUAUCAGUCGCGGAGCCGGUUGGGUGGGUGUAGGUGCUUUGCUUAGUGGCAUGUUUGGUUGUGUAACUGGAACUACAGCAUCAGUGGAAAAUGCUGGUUUACUAGCAUUAACAAGAGUAGGAAGCAGAAGAGUAAUUCAAAUAUCAGCUGGAUUUAUGAUUUUCUUCUCUGUUUUUGGGAAAUUUGGAUCAAUUUUUGCUUCUGUUCCUUUCCCAAUCAUAGCAGCAUUAUAUUGUGUAUUAUUCGGCUAUGUGUCUUCUGCUGGUUUUAGUUUUCUCCAAUUCUGCAACCUCAACAGUUUCAGAACCAAAUUUGUUUUGGGCUUCUCACUCUUCUUAGGAAUCUCCAUACCUCAAUAUUUCUCAGAAUAUUUUCAUGUAAAGCAUGAACAUGGAAGUCCUAGAUGGUUAUAUGAUAUUAUAAGUGUGAUCUUCAUGUCACAUAUAACGGUUGCUUCCUUAAUUGCAUUAUUUUUGGAUCUCACACUUACUCGUGAAGAUGAUGAAGCAACUAAAAAUGAUAGUGGUUUAAAAUGGUGGGAGAGGUUUAGUUUGUAUAGUGCAGAUGUUAGGAAUGAUGAAUUCUAUCAUUUGCCUUGUAGACUCAAUGAGCUUUUCCCAGCACUUUAAGAAGAUGGUAGCAACUUUUGUUAUAUUUUUUAACUCAACUCAAUUGUUAUUCUCAAAAUAGUUUGUAUUUGUAAUUCACUAAUUGUGGUAACAUGGUUUCAUUUCGAUAUGUUUGGAAACAUUUUUCUUUUAUUAUAUAGUGCUGAACAUUGUAAUUUGGUUCUCAUUGAAGAGAACUCUAAUUUUUGUGAGGAAUUUUGGAACAAGAAAUAGAGUAUUAUUUAGAUUAUGAA